AUGGCUGGAGCUGUCAAUCGGCGCCGGAAUCACCAUCCAAGCCCUUUGUUGAAGAUGCCGGUGACACCGAAAAAGGGGAAAAUUGGGAUUCGGGUAGGCGGCAACGACGAGGAGCAGCAACGAUUCGAUGUGUCAGUGGAGUAUUUGAGCCACCGCUUGUUCACUGGUCUUCUCCGGGAGGUUGAGGAGGAGUUUGGGUUUGAUCACGAUGGUCCGAUCACGUUAUCGUGCGGUGUUGCUCGAUUUCGCCGUGUUUUGCUUGUCGUCGCCGGCGAUUGCGCCGAGCCUCAGUGGCGGCGGUGCCAACAUCGCCGAUUCUCUUAUUUCACUGGAUGCUUUGGGGUUUAG